AUGGCUGACGAUAUCCCCGUAACGAAAGAACUAUCCCAUGAUCCAGUGGUAGAAGGCUUCUCUCACCAUGCCGACAAUAUUGCCUCAGACCGCGAGCCCUAUGGCCCACCCGGUCUGCGUGGCCUAGCAGCUAACCCAUUCGUGGUCCUGUGUGCCGCCUGCUCAACGCUGGGUGGUUUGCUCUUUGGUUACGACCAAGGUGUUGUGUCGGUGAUUCUGGUCAUGGACCAGUUCUUGACGGAAUUCCCGCAGAUAGACGAGGGGAACCCAGGCUCGGGCUUUGCGAAAGGAUUGUUGACGGCGAUGAUUGAGCUGGGCGCUUUGAUUGGUGCUCUCAACCAGGGCUGGAUUGCGGAUAAGAUCUCGCGACGGUAUUCAAUUCUCGUCGCGGUUGCUAUCUUCACUCUUGGCUCUGUGCUUCAGACUGCUGCCUAUGGUUAUCCUAUGUUGACGGUGGCACGGCUGAUUGGUGGUGUCGGAAUCGGAAUGUUGUCGAUGGUUGCACCACUGUACAUCUCCGAAAUCAGUCCCCCCGAAUGCCGUGGAACCCUGUUGGUUAUGGAAGAAUGGUGUAUCGUCCUCGGUAUUGUGAUUGCCUUUUGGAUUACUUAUGGCACACGGUACAUGGUCGGUGAAUGGGCCUGGCGCCUCCCUUUCCUGCUCCAAUUGAUCCCGGGUUUUGUCCUCGCUGCCGGUGUAUACGCUCUUCCAUUCUCGCCCCGUUGGCUAGCUUCAAAAGGUCGCGAUGAGGAAGCUCUUGACAGUCUUUGCAGACUCCGUUCUCUGCCAGCCUCCGACAGACGCGUUCGCCAGGAACUUAUGGAUAUCCAGGCCGAAGUGCGCUUCCACCAGCAAAUGAACAGGGAAAAUCACCCAGAUUUGCAAGGUGGUGGCACAAAGAACUCCAUUCUGCAGGAGCUUUCAUCGUGGGCUGAUUGCUUCAGGAAGGGCUGCUGGCGUCGGACUCACAUCGGUAUUGGACUGGGAUUCUUCCAACAGUUCAUCGGUAUCAACGCUCUUAUUUACUACUCUCCAACCCUCUUUGCGACGAUGGGUCUCGACAAGAGCAUGCAACUUAUCAUGUCCGGCGUUCUCAACAUUGUCCAGUUAGUGGGUGUUACUACCAGUAUCUGGACCAUGGACGUUGUCGGUCGUCGCAAGUUGCUUCUAGGUGGUGCAGCCCUCAUGGCUUUAUCCCACAUUAUUAUUGCUGCUUUGGUCGGGAUUUACUCGGAUGAUUGGCCGUCCCACAAAGCAGAAGGGUGGACCAGUGUGGCCUUCCUACUAUUCUACAUGCUUUCCUUUGGGGCUACCUGGGGUCCUAUCCCAUGGGCUAUGCCUUCUGAAAUCUUCCCUUCUUCCCUUCGUGCCAAGGGUGUUGCUCUUUCAACUUGCUCCAACUGGCUCAACAACUUCAUCAUUGGUCUCAUCACCCCGCCUCUCGUCCAAGACACUGGCUACGGUGCUUACGUCUUCUUCGCCGUCUUUUGCUUGCUCGCCGGAGUGUGGACUUACUUCUUUGUGCCAGAAACCAAGGGCCGAACCCUCGAGCAGAUGGACCAUGUGUUCAAAGACAAUUCUAGCGAAGAAGAAAAGGCCAAGAGGCGCGUGAUCGAGAACGAGCUGAUUCGUGCCCAAUAUGAGAAUGUGCAUCGAGAGUUUGCAUAA